AUGGCAUCACUGGGCUGGUCACGAGGCUCCGGCCUGCUUUUGGCCAUCGCCAUUUGCUUAAUUAUACUCCCUGGGAAGGCUGCAGCUUUCGGAGCAGGCAACAUUCCUUCUAUUGCACAAGUUGAAGGACACAACUGGAGACAUGGAGACAUUGAGGAUACAUUGGCUACAAUUGCCUUCCUUCAUGGGAAGAAGUGGUCAUCUUUGGCAAUCAAGCGCGUCUACUUUGGCAACUUCUUGCGCGACUACUCCCAAGCGCUGGACGUUGGCACGCUGAAGAGUGUAAACGCCGAGACUCUCCGCAUCCUUGUCUGGGUUCUCUCCUUUAUGGCCUUUGGAUAUGCUACAGAAGAAUUCGAGGUGACCAGCGAAAGACUUGGCGUUUACCGUGCUGAAGAGCACAUUGACAACCCCCUUGGCUACGCAGAUGGCCUGGAUGCUCGCAAGUUCGAUCAACGCCUACGGGGACCUGUCAUGCCAGUGGAAACUGAAAUUGACAUGAAGACCGGCAUGAAGAAUUAUAUUUGCAACGAGAGUGGAAACUGGCCCACGAGCGCUGGCUAUAUCCGGUACAGCUUUGCACGAUGCAUUCACUUUGGCAGGUUGUACACCAGCGGCUCAGACCGCAAGGGUAAUGAGGACGACCUGAAUGAAGCUCUUCGCUGCCUGGGCCAGGCUUUGCAUUGUCUCGAGGAUUUCAGUGCUCACAGCAACUACACCGAGCUGGCCCUACGAGAGCUCGGUUACCACAACGUCUUCCCCCAUUGCGGAACGCAGACUGAGGUGAAGAUCCAUGGAAAGAGAAUAUACCCGCUCGUCACCGGCACGUUUGGCGCUGUGGACUUCAUUCACAGUGUCAUAGGUGAAGCUACCGAUACCUUCACCCAGACCGAAGUUGACGAAGUCGAUAUCGCAUUGAAGAACGCUGAGAAGGGUGUCAGCAUCAAUCGAAGCGGUGGCGGAGAUGGCUCGAGGGGCUUUCUCGGCAUCGGAGGUAGCAGCUCCAAGAGUCCAGCUGAUUUCAUCGCUUUGGUGGGCAAACUGCCCGGCGUGGGCGAUGGUUUCGCAGCCCAGGCUCGCGAUCUCCAGGCCCAGUCCGAUGCGCAAGAGCGCGAUAAUAGGACGCGAGCAAGUGGUGGCUCCAACCAAAACAUGGUGCCUGGCAUGAGCCCCGACUUUGAUCCCGUCAAGACGGCUGGGCGGAUUUACCCCAUCCUCCAAUUUAGGGACAAGAUUGUUAAGGCCAUAAGUCGAGGCAUCGCCAAGGUUCCUGGCCUCGAGAAGCUGUUGGAACACAUCAGCGAGACACUGACAGCAUUCGUCCUCGGUCUUCUCGCACCUUUUGUCCGGCCCAUCAUCCAGCAGGUCUCCAAGACGCUGAAGGAGGGCUCAUCUGGUCUCAUUUCUGCCAGCGCGCGAUCCCAGCUUGAGCCCUGGGACAAUCCUCGAUGCUCUGACCCAACCCACAGCAUGCUUGCGAAGGAUCACUUUACCAACGUCCUCAAUUCGUGUGCUGGCCGUGUGGCCGUCACUGUCUUGCAAUAUGCCGUCCCGCGCGUCUUGUACGCUUGGGAGAACACACAUGUUCCUGUCGACGAAGUGGUCAAUGAUGUCCUGCGGGCUUUCCACCAUCCAGCUCUGCGCGACGAACGUGUGGACAUUCAGCGCGACAUGUUCAACACCGUCCGCAAAUGGGCCGAUGAGCACCCACGCCGCAACCAGCUCGACCACAUCCUCUCCUCGGGAUCUGUGCGCAACGGCAAGAACCACAUCUUGAACCAGCAGCAGCACGGAUCGAGAGAUGCUCAUGACCACUCUGGUGGGCCAUCGCACUCUCACGGCGCUUUGGAGAGCAUGCUCGGGAAGUUUGGACACGGGAAAGUGGCUGGCUCGCUCUGGAACCAGGUCAAGACUAGGGAUAUGGAUGCUAUGGAUGGCCACGACGACGCACCGAUGCGCAACUCUCCUGUGCCGCCCCCUCAGCAAUUCAACUAUGGCCAGAACCCUGAAUACCAACAGCAAGCACCGCCACCGAGCGGCUACCAUGGGGUCUCUCCCCAGCCAGGUCCAUACGGAUCUGGUUAUGGCGCACCUCCUCCCAUGAACCCAUCUCCUUACGGAUAUGGGGCACCGCCUCCCGGUCCUCCCCUUGGUUACGGUGCGCCGCCUGGGCCUCCUCAACCAAGCUAUGCACCGGGAUACGGCGGACCACCGCCUCCCCAUGGCGGGCACCCGCCACAUGACUGGCAACAGUAUCCCGGACAACGCAGAUACUAACGGCUCGAACCAGAGGAGUCUAUGCAUCAAGAGCUACUGGCUGGAAAAGAUGCUUCUUUAUUGAAGAUUCGUGUUCAUAACCUAAAUGCCAAACCAUAUACAAUUACGCGCAUCUCUUGUGAAUG